GCUGGGCUGACUCAGCAUCCUGCCCCGACCAACCUCCAUCCUCGACAGCUCUGCACUCCCUUGGGCAGAGAUGGGAGAUGGCGCCUGUGCUGCCGCUGGUGCUGCCCCUGCAGCCCCGCAUCCGUCUGGCGCAGGGGCUCUGGCUCCUCUCCUGGCUGCUGGCGCUUGUCGGUGGCCUCACCCUCCUCUGUAGCGGGCAUCUCCUGGUCCAGCUGGGGCACCUUGGCACCUUCCUGGCUCCCUCCUGCCGAUUUUCUGCCCUGCCCCAGACUGCCCUGGCAGCGAGUGCAGUGGCUGUGGGCACAGGACUGGGGGGUGCGGGAGCCAGCCGAGCAAGCCUGGAUGCAGCUCGAUACCCUCCCUGGCGAGGGGUCCUGGGCCCGAUGCUGGUGGCUGGCACUGUUGGGGGCGGAGGACUCCUGGUCCUCGCGAUGGGGCUAGCCCUGGUUUUACCUGGGGGUCUGGACGAGGGCCUGGAAAAAGGCCUGGCGACUGCCUUGGCUCACUACAAGGACACAGAGGUGCCCGGGCACUGUAAUGCUAAACGGCUGGUGGAUGAGCUGCAGCUGAGGCACCACUGCUGUGGGCGCCAUGGCUACAAGGAUUGGUUUGGUAUCCAGUGGGUCAGCAGCCGUUACCUGGACCCCAGUGACCAGGACGUGGUUGACCGGAUCCAGAGCAAUGUGGAAGGCCUCUACCUGACUGAUGGGGUCCCUUUCUCCUGCUGCAGCCCCCACUCACCCCGGCCUUGCCUGCAAAACCAACUUUCAGACCCCUAUGCCCACCCCCUCUUUGAUCCCCGACAGCCCAACCAGAACCUCUGGACCCGAGGGUGCCACACGGUGCUGCUAGAGCACCUGCAGGACUUGGCAAGCACACUGGGCAGCAUGCUGGCUGCCACCUUCCUGCUGCAGGCUCUGGUGCUUGUAGGCCUGCGGUACCUGCAGACAGCGCUGGAGGGGCUUGGAGGGGUUAUCGAUGCAGAAGGAGAGACCCAGGGCUAUCUCUUUCCUGGUGGGCUGAAAGAUAUGCUGAAAGCAGCAUGGCUACAGGGAGGGGUUGCCCACAGGCCAGCACCUGAGGAGGCCCCACCAGAAGAGGCACCUCCCAAGGAGGAAAUAUCUGAGGCCUAGUGGCCCAAAGCUUGGGGUGGCGGGUGGGAAGGAGGGAAAGAGGAGAUGGGAAUCUCACAACUCCUCACCGAGGCUCCAGCUUGGGUGGGUGGGGGGGUUCCUGGGAAUAGAGGGGCUAAGGAUAGAGAAAACCAGGUGUCCUAGAGCCUAGCCCUCGUGGCCAGAACCACCAGGGAACAACAGAGGACAAGGUGAUGGGCAAAUGACAUAGGAAGGCCUGGAGACAGCUUCUGGUGCAUAGACUCAAUAAAGCUUUUGGAUAGAAGC